AUUUCCCGAGCUCUGUGUCAUUCAAUCAUUUCCUGAUUCCAAUCAAGCGAUCGCCGCUUCAGUAGGAAAACAGCAACAGUUCUAUUUGGACCAACUGACGACGCAGAUAAGAACCUUUAGGCUUGUUAAAGGUUUGUUUUUUGACUACGGCAGAUGGCAAGAGGGGUGUUGGGGAACACGCUUAGCUGAUGCAUCAUCACAUCAAAUGCAGUUGAAUCUGAAAUCCGACUGGCCCUCGACUUGAAACUCGGAAACUGAUAACGGAAACUGGAAUAACUUGCAACUCGAACAUUAAUAACAGAAACAUUAUGGAUGCUCCUCAGUAUCCAGGCUACCCCUCGCACUACUGGUAUCCCCAGUCUCAUUCCUCAGGACACUAUGCAAACACCUAUCCCUCAGGAUCAGAUGUUCAGCCGCAGUACAAUCCACAGGUAAUGCCUGGAGGUUAUCCAAACGGCCAUGGUGUCUACAGCCCCGCGCAGAAUCAGUAUUCAACAGGUGGCUUCCACCCAUCCAACCCUUUCUACUGUGCUGACCCUCAGAGACCGGCUCCAGGUCCUUAUCCUAACCAGGGCUGUCCAGCAGAGCAGAGCAGUGGGCCAUCUGGCCAGCCACACUCUCAGCACCAACAUCAUCACUAUCCUGGUCCACACUGUCAGGGGGCUCCUGGAUACCCUGCUGGACCAUACCCUCACUACAGUGAAAGUGGCCAUGCAAUGCCUCCAACCCCCCCAUACCCCACUGGCCAGCCUCUCCACCCAAGCCCCCAGGCAGACGCGUGGGCGCACUCUGGGGCGUAUCCCCCCUCUCAGCAGCAGUGGCAGCCGGGCCAGCAGCCUCCACAAAACCACUAUGGGAAUCCUGUCCGUCCAGCGCACCCUCCAGCGUGGCCAGGGACUGGAACUGGUGCUCCACCACCUUACCAACCCAAGGACCAACAGCACCCACGUCCGCCACAAGUUGGACCUAAACCGAGGCCAACCCCAUCCCCGCAUCCCCCCAGUGGAAAACCAGUCGAAAUAAGUUCUCCUCCACAAAUGUACAUCAAAACCGGGAGAGGUGAGCCUAAUCCUUCACAGGGUGAGCCCCCACCCUCGGCCCCGGCCCAAGCUCCAGCCCAAGCUCCAGCUUCAGCUUCAGCUCCAGCUCCAGGCCAUGCUGGUCCUCAGCCCCUGAGCAAUAACCCCAGCCUUGCAAGGGUCCAAGAGGUCAUGACCAGAGUGCUGCUGCUUCAGGAAGAUGUUGAUGAGUUUGUGGGCAAAAAGACAGACAAGAGUUAUCGAUGUUUGGAGGAACUGUUGACCAAAGAGCUGUUGGUGCUGGACUCUGUGGAGACACAGGGACAGGAGAACGUCCGGCAAGCCCGAAAGGAGGCCGUACAGAAGAUCCAGGCCAUUCUGGACCAGCUGGAGAAGAAAGCCUUCUGAAAUUGACUUAUUUAUUGGUUUGUUUGUCUUGCUAUUUCUCCUUCAAGAAUAUUCAUGGACACAAUGAGGGUCUAGUCUUGAUCCUUGAAGCAAUGUUAUCUCAAGGUUUUUUUUUCUACUACUAUGAUGUAAAAAUAAGUGGCAUGGAAUCAACCUUGAAAGCCUAAUUGUGCUGGUAAUACUGAUAUGGUGGGAUCAGAAGCGAAGACUGAUGGUUGUACAUAUCAUAAGUGACUUUCAGCCUCAGUGAGUGACUGUGCCGACUACACAGCCUGACACUUUUGCUCAGCUGAUCUCUGUCAUGUCUUUGCCAGCAUAAUGCGGCAGACUCGCUGGAAGAUGAAUUUAUCUAAUGCCACAUUACAGCCCUUAGUGGUCUCUGACCUGUGAUACAGAUUAUCAUCACGCUGUCCCUCAGGAUUGUGGGUUGGUUUUUAGUCUGAUCUUAUGUCUAACAACAUGUGCGCUUCAUUCACGUCUACUAACACAUCUCACAGUCCAGCUGCAUGAUCACGAUAUUGAUAUUGUCCCCCCCCCCCCCCGACAGGCCAUACACUCACCUCUCCACGUGUCUGCAGGAAUAGGUGCACUUCUCUAAUUUUUCCGGUUGUGUCCCCAGCCCUGCAUGUUCUGUAAUGUCAGACAAGCACUCAGUAGAGGCAUGACAUCUCCGAGCUGAAAAACCGGGCCUGGCAGAUUAGUGAAACUCCCUCUGAGGAUUCGCUGUCCCCAUUAUUUCGUCUUCUGGAUGAAUUUGACUCCCAAGUGUGGAUGUAGAAUCAGUCCUACAUAUGAAUGCCAUGUAUUUCACUCUAGGAAAUGCUGUUAUUACAGAUGUGUAGGUUUAUGAAUUACUUGAAAAGCUGUUAAAUUAUAUUCUUUCUAUCCCUUUUUGAACACUUUGAAUAUACAUAUAUAUACACACACACACACACACACACACACACACACACACACACACAUAUAUAUAUAUAUAUAUCUAUAUAUAUAUAUGUAUGUAUGUAGGACCAAGGAAGUGAUUUGUAUUUUCUGAACUUUAAGUGUUCAUUCAGUAGUUGUAAAGGGUAAAAGAUUUUCAGUUUGGUCAACAGCACUCAGCUGUUGUUUAAUUUGGACCUUGUUUCUGUGUUCUUGUAGCACUAACAUCCUUGUUACACCACAAACCGUUUUCCUGUGUAGAGCAAGUCUUUUUUUCCACUCAUCAUUGAUGUGUUGGUUUAGAGAAAAAAAGAGUGCCAUAUUUCAGGGGAUGGUUUUUAUAUGAAUAGGAGUAAAAUAAAAUAAAACUAAGAUCACAAGCUUUGCAUGAAAAA